AUGUCCGUCUGGAACCCAGACAACAUCCGCGAUGUUGCCGAAUCAGUCGGUAUUGUCAACCUCAACAACGAUGUAACCGACACCCUCGCCCGGGACGUUGAAUACCGCAUCGCGCAGGUUCUCGAAGAAGCACUGAAGUUUAUGCGCCACAGCCGACGCACGCUCCUCACGACACAGGAUAUCGCGCUCGCAUUGCGUGUGUUAGACGUCGAGCCGCUGUACGGGUAUGAGUCGACGCGACCGCUGAAGUUCGGCGAGGCGUCGCUGGGACCAGGCCAGCCGCUUUUCUAUGUGGAGGAUGAGGAGGUGGAUUUUGAGAAGUUGAUUAACGCGCCCCUGCCUAGGGUGCCGAGAGAGAUCAAUUUCACCGCACAUUGGCUUGCCGUUGAAGGCGUACAACCGUCUAUACCACAAAACCCGACCGCGGCCGAUUCGCGCAACCUUGAGUUGAUGUCCAAGGGACCGAAUGCGAAUGCGACGCUGGCGGCUAUGAGCGGGAACGGGAAUGUUGCUGUUAAGCCUUUGGUUAAGCAUGUUCUGUCUAAGGAGUUGCAGCUUUACUUUGAAAAGGUCUGCAAUGCGUUUUUGGACGAGUCGAGCGAGAAGUAUCGGACUUCGGGAUAUGCGAGCUUGCGCGAGGAUCCCGGACUUCAUCAGCUCGUGCCAUAUUUCGUGCAGUUCAUCUCGGAGAAGGUUACCCAUGGCUUGAAGGAUAUCUUUGUGUUGACACAGGUGAUGCACAUGGCGGAGGCUUUGGUGCAGAAUAAGUCUCUAUACGUGGAUCCAUAUAUCGCAUCUCUCGUCCCCCCGAUCCUCACCUGCUUAAUAGGCCGCCAGCUCGGCGGCAACGCAGAACUCUCCGAGCAAUUCGCCCUCCGCGACCUUUCCGCCUCCCUCCUCGGCCUCAUCGCAACCAAAUACUCUCACUCCUCACACACCCUAAAAUCCCGCCUCGCACGCUCCUGUGUAAAAACCCUCCUCGACCCCUCCAAACCCUUCGGCGCCCACUACGGCGCCAUAAUCGGCCUGCAAGCUGUCGGCGGGUCCGAAGCCGUCCGUGUCCUUAUCCUACCUAACCUCUUCACCUACGGAGAGCUUCUCAAAGACGGGGUCGCAGAGGAUAGCCCCCGGCGUCCGGAGGCGGAGAAGGUCCUUGUUGUUUUGCUCAGUGUUCUUGCCUCGUUGCGUGACGGGCAUGCGGCGCUGACCAAUGGGCAUGGUGCGGGGAUGGUGACAGAUGAGUUAAAGGAGAGACUAGAUAAGAAACUGGGUGGGUUUUUGGCGGAUAAGGUUGCGGAUUUGGGCGACGGGCAGCUUGUUCAUGCUAUUUUGGUGGGUUAG